AUGGCCUUAGCGCAAGACCGAGCUCCUCACGGGUUGGCUUAUGAGACCCCGGUGGCAUUUUCACCUUCUGCAUUUGACUUCUUUCACGCACAGCCAGAUAACCCGAAUGCCACUUUAGACCCUUGCGCGGAAUCUGGCUGCUCGCCUCUCCCUGUGGCUGCCAAGGUUCAAGCACGGGAAAGCGAGAUAGCAUCAAUGUCAAUUGGUUCCAGAAGCGGGAUAGGAGCUGAUGGUGUGGUUGGGAUCAUCUUUGGACUUGCGUUUGCCGUGCUCAUGUGA